AUGAGUUCAGCUGCUAAUGGACGAAAGGUCCAAGACAUUGAGCAAAAGCUCUCCUCGGGUGUCAACGGUGCCUCGAUGAGCAAGACUGGUUACUACGCCGAAGAGAAACAAGACAUCGAAGCGGGUAAACCUCGAAAGUCGGACAUCAUGCCUUCAAUUCGACAAUUCCUCCUGACUCUUAUGGUCGUUUCCCUACUUACUAUCACGAUCGUUUCUGCCGCUACGACCAAUCGAAGUCCGGGAGAUAUAUCGUCUCCUUGCAUAAAAGAUCAACAAGCUUUCAGCGAAUUGCUGGAUGCUAUUGAGCCUGCCAUGCUGCACGAUGUGCUCCAUCAGCAUAUGAAGGAGAAAUAUCAACACGGUGUUUACGAAGGUGAUAGGGAGACUAUGGAAGCUGUUUACAGACAGGAGCCGGAAGUGGCACAUGCUUUGGUUGAGGUAGCAAAGGCAAAUGCUAUGAUUGAAUUGGUAAAGAGGCAGGUUGGAUCGAAUUCGACAUCUACUGAGACUCCGAGUACGACAUCUAUCGUUGCUUCGAGUACUGUCAUCACUUCUAUAUCGGUCAAAACGUCCCCGUCUUCGAGUUCAGUCUCGGUGGCUCCAUCUUCUACAUCAGUCUCAAUUACAGCCGUUGCCUCGACCAGCACCUCAGUGACAACAUCUGCAACCACCUCAGCUGCCACCACGCAACAAGGUUCCUCUACAACAGCUCCGAGCUCGACGACUGAGCCAACUUCGGUAUCUUCAUCAUCCCGGGUCGUUACUAGUGAUGGAACUACCUCAUCGCCAGUGGUACCAGUAUCAACUACUACACCAAUCUCAACAUCUACGGCAACUACAAAUCCGGGUAUGUUCAAAAGCGAGUCGACCUCGCAUUCCUUUUCUUCUACUCCCACUUCUACCUUUACGUUGCCCAACUUCUUUUAUGUGAAUUCUACUUUCCCCCCUUUCUUGUCUACAAUGAUACCUCACGACUCCUCGAUCUCGACUGUAGUUUCUCAUACUGUCACGUCGGUGUCUUUGAGGUCAAGUUCAACGGUAUCGUCUGCGGUUUUCAUAUCUGCAAGUUCAACGGUAUCGUCUGCGGUUUUCAUAUCUGCAAGUUCAACGAUAUCGUCUGCGGUUUUCAUAUCUGCAAGUUCAACGAUAUCGUCUGCGAUUAUCAAAUCUGCAAGUUAUAUGGUAUCGUCUGUGGUUUUCAUAUCUGCAAGUUCAACGAUAUCGUCUGCGGUUUUCAAAUCUGCAAGUUCAACCACAUCCCCGGGAGGUUCCCCUGUGACUCGUGAUGCUAUAAUCUCUAGUUCUACUUCUCUUGGAUACUCUUCUACGACUGUGUCGGCUUUUGGUCCUAGUUUCGUUGGAUAUCCUGCUCCUUCAUCCAUUACCGUGUCUGGUUCCAGUUCUGAAAAUCAUGGCACUUUCUUGACUUUAGCAUCUGCUUCUAGUUCUGUUGGAGAGGGCAAUCUUUCCGUUUUCCUGCUGCUGCCUAUUUCCACUUCCAUUGGAUCUCAAGGCAACUCUGCAACCUCAGUCUCUAGUUCUUUAGUCAACCUUCCUAGCAAUACUUUUUAUUCUUCACUUUCUGGCUUAAACUUAUUAUCGGAUUCAGGAUCGACCAUCACCUCUGUUUCUCAAUCUCAGAGCUCUGUAUCUUCUCAAACAACUACAUCGGCGUCGGGAGCAUCUAAUUCCGCCUCUCGAACUUCUGAAUCAUCUUUAGAUACUGCCUCUGUUCCCGUGGCUACAGGAUCUUCUACAAGUGAGGCCUCCAUUUCUUCCGGGGAGUCUACUUCUCAGGCCACUGCCUCUGGAGCUACUACCUCGGCUGGUACCUCAAGUUAUUCUACAGAGGUUUCCAGUUCCAAUGUCUUGUCUCCAUUGACUACUUCUGCGGGCUCUUCUGCUACUGACUCUUCUUCUACCGUGGUUGUCACUUCAACAUCUACUAACGUGGCUGAAUCCACAGCUUCUUCUACCCCAGAUGAACCCUCUACACAAGCCGCCGAAACAACCAGCAGAAAGGCUACCAGCAGUAGCACCUCGACGAAAGUUUAUACUACAACCUUACCCAAUGGUUCAAUUUCUACAGUCACAGCUGUCACUAUAGUACCGGCUGUGGUUACUGGCGGAUCCUUCGGUGGCUCCACUAGCAUUUCCACUGGAAGUGCAUCAUUGCAAACCAACAGUGCCGGAAAGAACGGUUUAGGAAUCAACAUGAUUCUCGGUGCCGUUGGGAUGGCGCUAGUCGGUGCAUUAUAA